GUUCUAAUUUUAAUAAUUAUAAUCACUAAUUACCUUUUACUUUCUUGUUUUAAUUUCGUUAUUUGAUUCGAUCCACGAUUAAAGAUUGCCAUUAAUCUGUUUGGAAGCCGAGAAACUUACGAGUUUCUUGAAUCUCUGUUGGUUACCAAUCAACAACUAGCAUGCAGGCAUCAAGGGCAAGGCUUUUCAAGGAAUACAAAGAAGUGCAGCGAGAAAAGACAGCCGAUCCUGAUAUUCAACUAGUUUGCGACGAUUCCAACAUCUUUAAAUGGAAUGCUCUUAUCAAGGGACCGACUGAGACGCCUUAUGAGAGUGGAGUUUUCCAGCUUUCCUUUAAUGUCCCAGAACAGUAUCCUUUGCAACCUCCUCAAGUGCGGUUCUUGACAAAAAUAUUUCAUCCGAAUGUGCACUUUAAGACGGGGGAGAUAUGUCUCGAUAUAUUGAAGAAUGCUUGGAGUCCGGCUUGGACACUUCAGUCUGUUUGCAGGGCUAUAAUUGCUUUGAUGGCCCAUCCUGAAGCUGAUAGCCCUUUGAACUGUGAUUCUGGCAAUCUUCUACGCUCGGGGGAUAUCAGAGGUUUUCAAUCCAUGGCAAGAAUGUAUACUAGACUGGCAGCCUCGCCAAAGAAAGGAUGAACUUCUCAGUUAGUAAGGCCAAUGUUAUUUAUGUUCAGUGUUGAAAUUUGAUGCUUUGCUGAAGAGAGUUUCUUACCACACCAAACUAUUGUAUUUGUAUCUUGUAUUCUGUGGCUUUAAACUCAAACUGUUUAAAAUAUUUACCAACUAGCGUAGAAUUAUGUGAAAGAAGACCUACAAAAGACAAAGGCGAGAUUUACAUUCACCUUUACAUUAGAGGAAUUUACAUCCUCUACGUUCUUUUUUAGUUUUAUUUCAAAUAUACCUUCAUUUCUUCUUGCUCAA